ACAUAAUGGAAUUUUUGGGGGUAGAACGCAAGCAAGGUCUGGCGCUGCGCAUAGCAGACGUGCCAUCGGGAAGAGACAAUGUCAUAGGCAAGCAGAGGAGACACAUCAGAACCCCUGAGGCGCACCACCUGAAGUUCUGGGCUGACGGAGAGACUGCGCACACGGAGGACACGGAAAAAGUGUCCGGAUCGACACCCCCCCACCACCACCUGUCUGUAUUGAAACGACUCGACCGUCAUCUGAGGGUGUAGAAUGGAAACAACUCUCUACCCGGUCCCCGUGGUGAACAGCAUCUAGAGCACGAUGAUGAAGAAGGAUAUCAGCCUGAACCAGGAGGAUCAGAACUCAGAACUGAAGCCGAACCCGCUCCGGGUCACGGGUGGAAUUAUAAACUCCCAGGAUUUGGGACUCCUAAAACUAGCCUCUCCGGACCUGGAGCGUCUUAUUAUCCAGUCUCACCCGAACUCUCAGUUCAUGUUUCCGAAGUCGGCCAGUGAGGAGCAGGAAUUCGCGGAAGGCUUUGUCAAGGCGCUUGAGGACCUUCACAAGCAGAAUCAGCUGAGCGACGUUGGGUGUGUGUCCGUGGACCGGCUGGAGCUCCUCGGAUCCCCCAGCUCCGCCGGAUCCACGGGGCUCCAGCCGUCGGACCUCCCCAUCUACACCACCCUUAACGGCUAUGCCGCGGCUCCGCUGGGCGCCGCCGCCAUUAACUACUCCGCGGACACCAUCUCCUUCCCGCCACCGCCUACCCACGCGGCCAGCGCCCAGCAGCAGGCGGCCGCCGCAGCGGCGCUAUCACGGCUCCAGCAGUCCGUCAGCGCGAUGAAGGACGAACCGCAGACGGUCCCGGACAUGCAGAGCUGCGGGGACAGCCCUCCACUGUCUCCCAUCGACAUGGAUAACCAGGAGCGCAUCAAGGCGGAGCGGAAAAAGCUGCGGAACCGGAUAGCUGCCUCGAAGUGUCGCAAGAGGAAGCUGGAAAGGAUCUCCCGGCUGGAGGAGAAGGUCAAAACCCUGAAGACGCAGAACACCGAGCUGGCCUCCACUGCCAGUGUGCUGAGAGAACAAGUGGCCCAGCUGAAGCAGAAGGUGAUGAGCCAUGUCAGCAGCGGAUGCCAGCUUUUACCAAACCAGGUGCAGGCAUACUGACGCUCUCCUACGGGGAACUUUUUGCUCUCCUGUAAUAACCAACAUUAAAUUCCUGUAACUACGGAUCUUACCAGACUUAAGGUGAGGUCGUUAUUGCGCAUGCCCACAGAUCUUGACAAACCAAACUUGCGCAGCGACCGACAUGAACUAUCACCUGGAAACGAAGCAGGUGUGCCUGGAUUCAACAGGAACCGACUAACCCGUGUAGCAGUCCGCCUCUGUCCGCUGCACCGGAGCGGAACAAACAGAGCCCAGGGUCUCACCAAGUGCUCUCAUCUACAAUGUAAUAGAAUAUCUUACCUGUUUACAAGCACUUAAUAAUAAUAACUAUAUUUUAUUUACUGAAACAUUUAGUCUUAUUUCCACCUUAUUUACUUGGUAAAAAGAAGCCCUAUCAUGUGUCCUGCUCAAUAUGUUGUCAGUAAUCAUUGUAGGGUUUGCUGCUCAGCUCUUCAGUCGCCAUACUUUUAUGAAUGUACGAAUGUGUAUGAAGUGAGAACGUAUACAUGUGUCCUUCUGACCAGCGUCCUUCUGACAUCUAUUAAAUUCACUACAUUAUUUAA